AUGGCAAAGUUUAGUUUGUUUGCGCUGGCCACUUGGGUUGGCCUAGCCGCAGCCAAGGACGUCUACCACAAUUGGAACCUCACUUGGGUUACCGCUGCCCCCGAUGGCUUUGAGCGCCCAGUAAUCGGUGUCAAUGGCCAAUGGCCCUGCCCACAGAUUGACGUGGAUGUGGGCGACCAACUGAUCGUCGAUGUCUACAACGGUCUUGGAAACGAGUCCACGGCUAUCCACUGGCAUGGCAUGCGCCAGAAGGGCAGUGGUGUCAUGGAUGGUGCAGUUGGAGCCACCCAGUGCGCACUUCCUCCCGGUGAACACAUGCAAUAUCACUUUGAUGUCGACGAGCCAGGAGCAUACUGGUAUCACUCACACAACGCGGGCCAGUUUCCCGAUGGAUUGCGUGGUACUUUGAUUGUUCACGACCCCAACGCUCCUUUCGAAUAUGACGAUGAGUUCACGCUCACCCUGAGCGACUGGAACCAUCAGCAGAUGCCGGACUUGCUCAGUGGGCCCGUGGUGGGUAAAGGCAAAGAGCCCUUCCCCGACGCAUCAUUGAUCAACGAUUCAACCAACACCAAGAUCAAGGUGUUGCCGAACAAAACGUAUCUGGUUCACGUUAUCUGCACUGGAAACUGGCCCGGCCACUUCUGGGUGAUCGAUGGCCACGAGAUGACUGUUGUGGGGGUUGACGGCGUCUAUACCGACCCCCACCCUGCUGGCGACAAGUUCCUGCGCGUUGCAACUGGCCAGCGUAUGAGUGUCUUGAUCAAGACCAAGGCUGAUACUAGUAAGAACUUUGCGAUCUGGGAUACUAUGGAUGUCAACAUGAUGUUUGUGUACGAAAACCGCACCAUCCCGGAAAACUUCAACCCCAAUGCCACCGCCUGGUUGGUGUACGACGAGGCCAAGCCUCUGCCCGAGCCUCCCGUCUUCCACAAAAUCGACCCCAACAGUGACUUUGUGGAUGACGUCGCCUUGAUACCAGCAGACCACGAGCCCUUGCUCGAGCCCGUGGACCGCCAGAUCAUUCUGGACACCGGCGGUGCAUUGGUGGACGGUGUUCCUCGCUUCACUGUCAACAACCAAACCUAUAUCGGCCCGAAGGUGCCAACUCUAUACACGGCCAACACUGUCGGUGCGGAAUUUUCUUCAAACCCUGAAGUAUACGGCCAAGUCAACCCCUUCAUCCUGAAGCACAACGAGAUCGUCGAACUCGUUAUCAACAACCACCACAACAACCUGCACCCAUGGCACUUGCACGGUCACAAGUUCCAGGUUCUGCAGCGCAGCGCGGUCGAUGGCGGCUUCUACUCUGGCCUAUGGAACAAUAUCUCGGCCACCCCGAUCAAACGCGACACUAUCAUGGUCCAGAACAACGGUCACACUGUCAUCCGCUUCAGGGCCGAUAACCCAGGUGUCUGGAUGCUGCACUGCCAUGUCGAGUGGCACGUCGAAGCUGGUCUAAUGGCCACCAUCAUCGAAGCCCCCGAGACCUUCCCGAACACCGUGCACGCUCCCCCGAAGAGCCACUACGACGCCUGCGCAGCCUACCCGCAACCCGUUAGUGGCAAUGCCGCCGGCAACGCGGGUCUUGACAUGACCGGGCUUAACACUACGGCUACCCUCGGUGGCCACGGCGCUCUGUAUACCAAGACGAAGAAGACCGAGAGUCCCGCUGUUGCGCACCCGGAUCAGCAACCGUCACCAGCACCGGUGUCCAAGCCGUCUGCACCUCAACCCAAACCCGAGGCUCCUAAGCCCGACUCCCCGCACUCCUAUUACGAGCAGCCACCGGCGGCACCCAAUCACAAUGGCGCCUCCGCCAACGGCGGGGGUAACUGGCCAGCUCCUCACACGGGCGAGACGACCGUCUCUAUCGACAGUCCUAAUGAGCCACACGAUCACCACCUCACUAUUCAUGAGGAGUCGACCAAGGGCCCGUGGGCGAACCAGAAUACCCACGGUGGAUAUGUUAUCGACGGUAACAACAAGUAUCCCAUCACAGGCUCUGAUCAUAAUGAUAUUUUGAAUGAGCUCCAGGAUUGGGAGUAG